AUGAUUUUUUCAGCAGUAAGAAGCUUUAAAAGCUCUUCUCGCCUUUUCGCUCGACAAGAUUACUACAAAAUUUUAGGUGUUUCUUCUAAAUCUACAGAAUCUGAGAUAAAAAAAGCUUAUUUCAACCUUGCCAAAAAAUUUCAUCCCGACGUAAACAAAUCUCCAGACGCAAAAAAUAAAUUUGCAGAAAUAAACCAAGCCUAUGAAACUCUAGGUGACCCUGAAAAGCGCAGGACAUAUGAUGCCACAGGGAUGACAGGUGAUGAACAAGACCAAGCCAAAAGCUCAGGAUUUCCUGGUGGUGGAGCCUAUAGCUCUUCUAAUUCAGGAGGCUUUAACCCGUUUGAGCAGCAAUAUGGCGGUUUUGGGAACUUUUCUGGGCAGCGGCCACAAGGGUAUACCACUUUUGACGAUAUUUUUGGGGAAUUUGAAGACUUUUUUAAUUUAGGGCAAAAAGAGAAAAAGUCUUUUAAAGGCGAAGAUAUUACAGUCAUGCUGGAAAUCUCGUUUAUGGAAGCUGCAUUAGGCACAAAAAAACAAAUACAGUAUGAACAAAGAGGAGUCUGUGACAGCUGCUUUGGGAAAAAGACAAAAUCAGGGUCAAAUCCUAUGAAAUGUUUGACCUGUGGAGGAAGAGGCGUCGUAUUUAUACAAAGAGGUCCCAUUUCUAUGUCAGUUACUUGCCAGAAAUGCAAGGGAGCAGGGACAAUCAUAAGGGAUCCUUGCCAAAGAUGCAAUGGCAGUGGGUUAUCUUAUCAGAUGAAAAUGGAAGUAGUUAACAUCCCAAAUGGAGUUCACAAUGGUCAACAUCUAAGAAUGGCUAACAAAGGGCACCAUUCUCAAGGAGAAGGCCCUCCAGGAGAUUUAUUGCUGAAAAUCCAUGUAGCGGAACACCCAAUUUUUAAACGAGAAGGCUUUGACGUUAUGUCUGAAGUCUACAUAUCCCCAGCACAAGCUGCAUUAGGAGCUACAAUUGACGUAGAAACCCUUCAUGGGAAAACCAAGGUAUCAGUCGACCCAGGCACUUCUCCUGGCUUCAAGAAAAAGAUCCCAGGGAAAGGAAUUUUCCAUGUCCCUCCAAGCACAAACAAAGGCGACCACUAUGUAAUUUUCAAGCUAAAAGUCCCAAAAACUUUAACGACCAAACAAAGAGAACUUUACCAACAGCUUAGUCUUAGUUAAAUUUAUAGAGUAGCUCCCGGCCAGGACCGAAGGUCCUUUUCUUUCCCGCCUUUUGACGCCUCGCUUGCUUUCCUUGCCCUGCUCCCAGUGUGUACCUAAGUGCCACAGGCCACCACUCAGCUCCUUCCGGUCAUGGGGCUUGAUCAUGCUAUCUCGGAAGUAGGCGGACUGGGUCACCGUGCUUCACGUCGCCAGACUAGGGUUAGAGCUAAGGAUUAACUCCUUAGCUCUUGUCGGCUCCUACCAUGCCCUUCAAAUUGGCACUAGCAGUCCCUAGAGGAAAAACCCUUUUUGCCCCGUGUCCUAUCGGGACGAGGGAAACCUAGCCGGACACAAACUACCAGUACCCAUUCCAGACCUUUCCCUGGGCGGAUUGGCUUCAGGCCGCAGCAAGGUCCCCAAUCUAACCCCAGUUCCGGGAGAGGACGGGUCGGUGUCGUCGCCAUUUUAUUUGUGUUCUUUACCAGCAGCUAGCUGCAGAAGAAGGCUCUGAAGUAGAUAAUAAUUCAGGAGUUUUCAGUUGGAUUAAAGGCUUUUACAAAAAGUAA